UUGCGUUGCAAGUUUAAUGUGUCAAGUUUAACCGAUCAAGCGACUCUUAGGCUACAUAACGAAAUAUACAUGAUUCUUUCGUUCAAAAUUAUUAAGAAUCACACAUUUUGAAAUCAUGUAUUUUACAAGCAUAUUUGUUUUAUUACUUGCCAUCAUCUGCAUUUCUGAUGCAGAUGAAGUCGAAAUAAAGUGUACGCCAAAAAUGAAUUUCAAAUUUUACUGUAACACUUGCUGGUGCUCGGAAGAAGGGACAAUACGUAUAUGUACGAAAAAAUAUUGCCCAGAGGAUAUAUUCAAUAAGGACGGUACAUUAAAAUCACCUCCAAACAUUCAUCAGAAAAUGAAAAUCUUACCGAAAGGAAUCAGCAAUAUACAUAACUUAUGAUUUUUCUAGUAAUAAUCAUACAUUUGGAAAACUUAUAUUGUUUUAU